CCUGCGGAAAAUGUUUGCAACCAGAAACGUGGAAAAUAUCCAGUUUCUUCCCUUUCUGACCACCGACGUAAACAACCUGGGUUGGCUAAGCUACGGUUCCCUGAAGGGCGACUGGACGUUGAUCGUGGUUAAUGCCGUGGGCGCCACCCUGCAGACGCUGUACAUCCUGGUUUACUUCGUCUUCAGCUCAGAGAAGCUUGCCGUCUUGAGGAAAACAACAGCCCUGCUGGCGGUCCUUCUCUUCGGCUACGCCUAUUUUAGCCUGAUGGUCCCCGAUCCCGUCACCCGCCUUGCCCAGCUGGGCCUCUUCUGCAGCCUCUUCACCAUCACCAUGUACCUCUCGCCCUUGGCGGAUCUGAUCAAGAUUGUGAAAAGCCGUUCCACCCGCUGUUUGUCCUUCCCGCUGACGGUCACCACCUUCCUGGCGUCGGCCAGCUGGACCUUCUACGGGCUCCUUCUGGAUGAUCUUUAUAUCGCGAUUCCCAACGUGCCAGGCAUCGCCACCAGCCUUGUACGUUUCUGGCUUUUCUGGCGUUAUCCCACCGAAAAGGAAACAAAUUACAAGCUUCUCCAGGCCUGAAGACGGGAAGGGAGCGGAGAAGAUCUCCACAGCCAGCCGAGAGAGAAAAAAACCCCUGAAAUCAGCAAACGUGCUGAUGUUGGAUUGCCCAACUCGCCUGUGGCACACAGCCUACCCACCUCUGUCCAGCAUGGGGGUUUAUUUCCAUCUGGACGGACUAAAUGCCACUCCGGGCUACUCCCGUGCAUUUUGCAGUGGGAGGGAAUGUGAACUCCCGGGGGGGGGGGGAAUAGAUCCCGAACAAGGUGAACGGGAUUCUCUCACUGGCCUCUUUAAAAGAGGUUUGCAGACCCUAAGUCUGGGGAAUGUAGAGGUUCUUCCCCACCAGAUAUUUUUGGGGGAGGGGGCAGAAAGCUGUCGGGAAAAACAUUGGAGGGUUUUGAAGAUUGAGCUUCCGAAAUCUGUUAUUUCUCUCUCUCUCCUUCGAGGACUUGAUUCAGACUGCCAAAGUUGCCUUAUCCGUCCACCAGAAAUGCCUUUUUUUACAUAAAAAUUAUCCCCCUCCUCCUUUACUCCCGCUUUCAAUUUUUUUAUUUGAUUCAGAAGAUUAAAAGACCAAGUCCAAAAGAAAAAAAAAAAUCAGGGACAAAACAAGAUGAUUAAAAAAAAUGUGAAUUAAAAAAGGACAAAAUGCCUUUAAAAAACAAAAAAUCUCCCUCUUUCGAUCCAUUGGGUUGUCUUCUAAGUGGGAGAUCUCCCUGAGGUCUUGACCUGUGGAACAUCGGGCCAAUGGAAGAGAAGAGCCCCAGGCGAAACAUUUCACGGAUGUAGCUUUAUGAGUGCCUUGCAAUAAACAGGAGAGAGAGGA